AGAGAAUUUAAGAAAAAAAAACAAGUGUAAAAAGGUGUGAGAAAAUUUUGGAUAUAUAAAUUAUUGUGCAACUAACAUGCAAGCCGGUAGAAGAAGAAAAGAAGCUCGAGGUCAUUCAAAGGCAACAGAAAUGACGAAGACGAUAUUUGGAAGGCAACUUUGGCUGGUUGGUCUCUGUGGAUUAUUGCUGUUUGGCAUUCAAAUUGAUCUUGCCAGGUCUGCGCCUGCAGGCGAGGAUGAUGGAGCGGCCCUCAUCAUUACAACAACCAACAAUCCAACAUUGGAUACAACAACAGCAGCAACACAAGAGACUGAAGUCUCUGCGCCAACAGCAACCUCAACAACAGCAGCCGCAGCAGCAGCAAUUGGCAUAGAACAAAGCAGCAGCAGCAGCAGCAGCACGAGCAGUGAGGCAUCUGUGGAUAGUUCAACGACUUCAGUUCUAGAAACAACAACACCAACACCGACAAUACCAACAACAAGCAACAAAUUGAAUGAGACCCAAGUUGAGGCUAAAGCUGAAAUAAACACAACAUUGCCACCAUCGUUAUCGUCUUCAUCAUCGAUUGCCCAAGAGGAAACCACUUUACGGUCAACAAGCAUUGAACCAAUUACCUCCACUGAGCCCACAACAACACCCAGACUUGAUAAUGAAGAGUCCACCUCGCAGCAGCCACAAGCAGCAGAUGCAUCACAUAUACAGCAUAUACCUCUAAGAGAUGACCAUGCAGAGGGCAGCAGCACCACUGAACAUCAACAACACGAGGAGCAACAGCAACAGAAUGAGCUGCUGUUGAAUCAAAUCUCCAAUGAAAAUGAUGAUGAUGUCAAGGAUUUGAAUAAUUUUCGACAUCCGGCCACGCUUAUAACGGCCAACAAUUCCGAUGAGACUGAGACAGAAUCAAGUUCAGUUAAUGAAAAGGAAAGUGAAAAGACAACAGCAGCAGCAGCAGAAGCAGCAACAAGCACUACAGCAACAGCAAGCACUCCAACAUCGACGACGGAAUCGCCCAUUCAAAGUGAGCAUGAAGAAGAUCCGUAUCAUGUUCAUAUACUGUCCGAGAAUCAUGAUCGCCUGGCCGAACAUGAAGAUUAUCAAAUGCUUUCAAGCACCACUGAAGAGUCACUAACAUCGACAACAAGCGCAACAACAACAACCACAACCAGUGAGUCGGGUAUUGUUGUUAGCCUGGAGAAUAAGGCUACAGCCGAGCCAGAUACCAUAACAACAACAACAACAACAACCACAUCGAGAGCACGUGCCAUGCAUAUGAAUGAGCAGGCCGAAGAAGAAGCAGCUACCACCAAUGUGCCAGACAGCGAAUCAGGUCCAGUGAUUAACAUUGUUGAAGGACAACAUCAACAGCAACACCAACACCAGGAGGAGGCCAGCAGCAGUACUACAACCUCAACCACAACCACAACGGAGCCAUCACCAUUUGUGGCUUUUGCUGGUGAGGGACGUUCAGCGGGUGGCAGUGACGACGAAGAUGCAGUGGAGCUGUUCCAUCAGCUACACAAUUCAACCACUCACGAGGCUCUCAUGGAUCUCAGCGAUGUUAGCAUGGAUGAGGAUAGCAGCAACACGACUGCAACAUCCACAACAACAUCCACGACAACCGCUCAACCGGAAACGGAAAUGCCAAAAAUUGUUGAAGUCACUGUCAGUGGAGAUACCAUGCAACGCGAAUGUCAAGCCCAGGAUAAGACCUAUAAGCAUGGCGAGAAUAUGGAUCGCGAUUGUGAUGAACGUUGCACCUGCAAUCGUGGCGAAUGGAUUUGUGAGCCACGCUGCAAGGGUCUCAGCUAUCCCAAGGGCAGUCAACGCAGUAUGGCCAAUCCGAAUUGCCAGGAACGCAUAGUGGAUGAAGACGAGUGUUGUCGCCUAAUGGAAUGCAAUGAGCCAUUGCUAGAACCAACAUUAACCACAACAGUACAGGAAGCUGGCAUAGUAAAUGCCAAUGAAACAACUGAUACUGAAGCCACACCCAAGCCAAAACCCAAUGAUUGCCAUUAUCAGGGUGAAACCUAUAAAUUCCGCGAACGUCUUGAGAUUGGCUGUGAGGAGAUCUGUCAUUGCGAAGAAGCUGGCAAGAUGAACUGCCGUCCCAGAUGUCCGGAGAAAAAUCAUACGCGUGCCGAUAAGUGUGUCUAUGUCAAGGAUCCCAAAGAUGUGUGUUGUCAAUUGGAGUUGUGUGAUGUCACCCUGGAUGAUCAUGAACAGCAGCAUGGGCAACAAAAUGGCCUGGAUGAUCAGCAGCAUUUGCUAUUUAAUCUACAAGAGCAGGCCCGUGAUGCAGGUUCCGCACAUGCAGAGCCAACCUGCUCCUUUAAGGGCGCUACCUAUGAAGUGGGUCAACAGUUCAAUGAUGGCUGCGAACAGCUGUGCAUCUGCAAUGAACGAGGCAUCCAUUGUGCCAAAGUGGAAUGUCCCUCUAAUUUCGGUCUCGAUGUCUUGAAUCCACAUUGCAUCAAAUGGGAAACGGUGCCCGCUAACUUUGUGCCCAGUCCGCCCCAUUGCUGUCCCGAGAGCAUGCGUUGUGUCGACAAUGGCACCUGCACCUAUCAGGGCAUGGAAUUUGAGAAUUGGUCACCCAUACCAGCCAAUCUGACAGGUUGUGAUCAGAAUUGCUUCUGUGAUAAUGGUAAGGUCGAGUGUCGUCCGGCUUGUCCCCCGGUUUUGGCGUUACCACCAUCGGAUUUGCCCUGCGAACCAUCGCUGGCUCGUCUAUUGCCCAUACCCGAUGAUGAGUGCUGCAAGCAUUGGGCUUGUGCUCCGCUCAUACCCAAAAUUGGUGCUGCCGGCCACGAUGAGCAAACAGAAACAACAACAACAAAAACACCAACGACAGCGACAGCAACAACAACUACAACAGCAACCAUGACGACUGCAACUAGCAAAAUGCCAAAACCAUCGGAAUAUGAGAAGAAACCUUCAACUGGCGCCUUCUAUCCCACUCUGGAUGGCAAGCCACCAAAAAUUGGCAGCAGCAGCGGAAUCUUUGAGAAACCUCACAAAAAGGCACAACAACAACAGCAACAACAACAACAGAAUGAUAUUAAAUACGAUGUUCAUGAGGAUCAGCAUGAGGAUAAUGGUGCUCCAUUGCCACCUCAUGGUGGCUUUGUGCCCUUGCAAUUGGGUGGACACAAUUACAAUGACUAUCAGCAACAUCAGCUGCAACAGCAACAGCAUCAGCAGCAGCAGCAGCAGCAACAUCUUGGCCCUUAUGGCUUUUAUAACCCAGUGAAGCCAGCCUAUGAUGGUUACAAUCCUUAUGAACCCUAUGAUAUAAACCCCAAUGGCAUACCUCAGGGAAAGCCACCGCCAGCGCCAACUAGUCAAUCGGAUUUGUUUAACAUUUUGGGAGCCGAACAACCAGCACGACCAGGUCCUGGACCAGUUCUAUCGGGUCAAAAGGAUAAUCAUAAUCUGCAGCCGCAUGUCAGGAUUGAGCAGAUUCUACAACAUUUGCAACAAAGUGUUCCAGGCGGACAGCCACCACCUCCGCCGACAUCACAACAGCAGCAGCAACAACAACAACAACAUCCUGGUCACUAUGUACCCAUAGUUCAUAGUGGAUUGCCUCCACCGCCGCCAGCUCAUGGCAUUGCAAUUGUCGACGGCCAACCAGUGGCCUAUGAGAGUUAUCCAGUUAUACCUGGUUUGGGUGUGCCACCGGCAACGCAUCAACAUCAACAUCAACAUCAUCAGCAGCAGCAGCAGCAGCAACAGCAACAUCAGCUAACAGUACCGCCCAGUUCCAGCACCACAUCUGGGCUAUCCACUCAGGCCAGUGAGCAUAGUCUCCAUCAAAGUCAGAAUCAGGAUAAACUACCCAAACAGCAAUCAGGCUUGAACAACUUGCAACCCGAUAUCGAAGUGCAUACUCUGGAGGCAAUCGAUCCGCGUACCAUACGCAUUGUGUUCACUGUACCUCAGGUCUAUGUGAAUUUGCAUGGACGUGUUGAGUUGCGUUAUACAAAUGGUCCUGGUAACGAUACAUCCAACUGGGAUCAACAGAUCUUUGCCCCGCCGGAAGAUCUUAUAGCCACCUCACAAAUGGAAUUCGAUUUACCAGGACUGGAACCGAAUUCUUUAUACAAAGUGAAAAUAACUUUAAUCUUACGCGAUUUGAAUUCCCAGCCAACGAGCAGCGUUUUUACUGUGAAAAUGCCAGCAGAACGUACAAUCACACCGCCACCACAGAUAUCGGACUAUAGACCCGAUUUCCAGGAUAUAUUCAAGACCGUUGAGGAUCCUGAACUGAAUGUGAGCGAAACAAAUGCCACUUGGUUGCAAUUGACAUGGAAGAAAUUGGGUGAUGAGCAAAUGGAAUAUGUGGAUGGAGUUCAAUUGCGUUACAAGGAACUAACUGGCAUGAUCUAUUCCUCUUCCCCGCUGAUACACCGCACUCUGACCAGCUAUACCAUACAGAACUUGCAGCCGGAUACGGCAUAUGAGAUUGGCUUGUAUUACAUACCAUUUGCUGGUCAUGGCGCCGAAUUGAGGGCUGGCCAUAUGAUCAAAGUGCGCACAGCACCCAAGGUAGAUGUCUAUGGCUUCGAUGUCACCGUGAAUGUGACUAAAGUGAAAACACAAAGCGUUGAGAUCUCAUGGAAUGGUGUACCCUAUCCGGAGGACAAGUUCGUUCACAUCUAUCGGGCUAUCUAUCAGAGUGAUGCUGGCAAAGAGGAUUCCAGUGUAUUCAAGGUAGCCAAGAGAGACAGCACCACCGGCACGCUGAUAAUGGAUCUGAAACCGGGCACCAAAUAUCGCCUCUGGUUGGAAAUGUAUCUCACCAAUGGCAACACAAAGAAGAGUAAUGUAGUUAAUUUCAUUACCAAGCCGGGAGGUCCAGCGACACCAGGAAAAACUGGCAAACUUCUCACUGCCGGCACGGAUCAACCAGUGGGCGAUUAUUAUGGUCCUCUGGUUGUGGUCUCAGUGGUGGCUGCCUUGGCCAUUAUGUCCACCUUGGCCUUAUUGUUAAUUAUCACCCGGAGACGUGUUCAUCAAACGGCAUCUAUAACACCGCCACGCAAAAGUGAUGCGGCCUACGAUAAUCCCUCAUAUAAAGUAGAGAUCCAACAAGAAACAAUGAAUCUGUAAUUGGCCUUAAAAGCAAAACUCGCCCAAAACUAGUUAAAACAAACGAAAAAUACAUUUUCUUGUACAUAUUUAAAAGUGAAAAGAGGAGGAACAAAACUUUAACUCAGUGUCAGUAAAAAUAAUGAAAGCAAAAUAUAAACAAAUUAUAGAAGCGAAAGAAAAAAAAACAUAUACAUAAAUUGGCCGCCAUGUUGUAUGUAGGGGUUAAGUAAGUCUUUAAACAAUAUCAAUAUAAAUAAAAAAAAUUUUAUGUGUGUGUAUAUAUAUAGAGAGAGAGUGAGACGGAGAAACUCCAAGCAAAACCCAAAAUUGGCCUUAAAAACAAAACAAUUGAAUGAUUAUCGGAAAAAAUAUCGAGUAGUUAGUUUAACUUGUAAAUUUUAGCUUUACACUAUAUAAUUAUAAUACAAAAUCGAACGUCUCUCUAUUAGGGAUCAGCGAAAUAAAGAUCAACAGCUUUCCCUUUAUAUAUUUGAGGCGUUCUCGCAAGUAACAGUCCAUAAAUAUUUAAAUUAGUUUUUAAAACGUACAGAGAGAUAUGCAAAA